AUGUCAGCGCACUCGCUGGAAGAUUGCAGACAGCGGCAUCUUGAGGCUUUGGUCUUCCUCCGCAAUAUAUCUCUCGAUGGCUCCCACAAAGAUACCGUCCUGGGUCAUUUUCUGCCCGAGGUCGAAUCAACACACCCCCUCUGCAUGCCCAGAGACAUCCGGCGACUCGGGAUGCGUGACAAAGAUCAGACGAUCAGUGAAGAGAAACUCUUCGGAAAAAGCCCGCUGGCGGACGAGCGGGGUCGGGUACAUUCCUUCAUCGAGCCGAGGAUCCGCUUGAGCUCACUGUCGUCCGGACUCAGGAGCCGCAAGCACAACAGCACCAAGAAUGGAUCUUGUGAAAGCUUAAGCACAUCGAGACAGCGCCAGUAUUCCGGUAGUUUCUCGGACUGUUCAAAUAACUCGAGCUCCCUAGAGCUGAGGCCUCAGAGAUCGCAUCACCGAGACGACCGCAUCUAUGUCAUGUCAUCGAAGAAGGCUCCUGUCGUCGUUUUCUCGGCGCUUCCGUACAACCGUCGCGGUCAGUCGCGAUUGGAAUCGACCCGGAAGAACGCGAAUCGUCAGCUGUCAACGAUUUCCGACAACGGAGACUCGGGAGACAUACUCUCGACGCUAGGCUUGAGGAGCAUAGACGGAGAGCAGGAGCUUUCCUUCGCGGGUUUGUUACAAAGUCGAUUCUGUCCGGUGUGCAGUGAAGAAAAAGAUACUCAGAAAUCGUCCGAGUCGCCAGAUUUUCUUUCGAAAGAUUCCGUGCCUUCCUUGACGUCCGUCUUCUGUGUCUGUGACAACGCGUACGAUCCGCAUCUUCUCGAUUCUCCGGAACUCGUCGUAGGCCGGCAUUCGACACAAUUGACGUUCCAAUCUUAUAUCGCAUCGAUCAUAUACUACGUGAAGCCGUCGGACCUCAAAAGAGAGCUGAACGAUAAAUUCAGAGAGAAGUUCCCGAAAAUCAAACUGACCCUGAGCAAACUGCGUUCUCUGAAGCGAGAAAUGCUCAAAAUCGCCAACACUGAAUGCGGUGUCGAUCUUGUCACCGUAGCGCAUUCGUAUGUUUUCUAUGAGAAACUCGUACUCAAAUGCCUCAUCAACAAACCAAACCGUAAAAUGUGCGCCGGCGCGUGUCUCAUGCUGGCAGCUAAGCUCAAUGAUGUCAAAGGGCAAGAUCUCCAAAACUUAAUCGAGAAAAUCGAAUCGGGAUUCCGUUUGAAUCGCCGUGACCUCGUCGACACAGAAUUCGGCGUCCUGGUAGCCAUGGAGUUUUCGUUACAUACGCCGAUUUCUCAAGUUUACCCGCACUACGAACGCUUGCUCUACGAAUCCUGA